AAGAACGAGUAAAAAGUCUGAUCAUCGUCGUAUUAUUUAUUGUAUCGUACAAAAUGAAAAUUCUCGAAUAAGUUUACAAAAAAAAAAAAUUGAGUCACAGGGCACACGAGUAUUUCUACACGGCACUGAAACUCUUUCUCACUGCAUGACCGAUCGAAAACUCGGCUACCGCGGUUGCCUGCGUACAGGCGUUUUCAGAUACCAAAUUACUUAUAAUUUGAAAAAUAAACGAAGCGACCAGGCUCUAAUACACUUUGCUCCCCUUUCCCUUUCCCCCCAUCUUGGUAUCCUUAUUUAUUAAUAAACAACGAAUUAUCCAGAAAUUUUCAGUUGGAGGAAGACAUAAAGAAAACUCUGUUGCACUAUUACAAUAUGAAGGAAAUACUGCUGCCUCUAAAGAAGCCUGGCGAUCCGAUGAUACCAUGGCAGUUGAUGAAAUUUUACAAAGAGAUAUUGAACGAAAUGGCCCAGUCGUUAAUUACGGACAAGAUGGAGGAAGAGGAUCGAUUUGGCGAGGAAUUUUUCGCGUUCGAGAGCGUCGAGAAGGACACGAUGAAGAAGAGCGAGAAGAGAGGGUACAAGUUAAAGAAGAGAAAGAAACGGAGGACGAAUCAGUCCGUGCAGAGUAAGAAAACGAGUGUUCGUGGAUCUAGUCGUCGUCGAAAGAAGAACGAGAUUGCCAGCGAUUUGUCCACCACGGAUUCCGAAAGGAGAAACUGUCCUACCUUUUCAAUUUUUGAUGAAACUCUGCUGAGCGAUAUUCCCCUACCCACGACCGAUCCCGAGGAAAUUCAACGUCUUCUCUUCUGUUACAUCGACAAUCUCCAUAAGAAUCCAGAUUUACGGUCGAAAAUGAAAGAUCCGGUGAAAGAACUUUUCGAGAGCGUGGAGAAAAAAUCGGAAAUCGAUAUUCCAGAUUUGGAAAAGAGAUUGCCCGAGAAGAAAGUGUGCAUCGUUUUCCAUGGAGCACCUUUUACGGAGUAUCAAGAGACUGCGUGCAGAAGCGCCAAAGUCUUGGGAAUUCCUGUUCUCGAUAUCGAUAAAGGGAUCACCGAAAUAAUCGCGUUCAACAAGAGCACGUGCGCGAUUCAGCUUCGACAGAUCAUCGACGACGUCCAUCAAAAAUACAUCGAGGCUUUCGAGAAAUGGAAGCAACACUUGGAGCAGGAAAGCACCGAGGUCGAAUCAGAGUCGAGCAAAAAGGCGUCGACCAAAGAAACUUCGAGUAGAAAAAAGAUUUCUCGGAAAGAGAAAGCAUCGAAAAAUUCACCGAAGAAGAACAUGUCGUCUCCUAUAUCCACUAAGAAAGUCGAUACUGAAGUGUCGGUACUGCAAGAGGCGAUCAUUCGGAUUCUCCCGGAUCCUGACCCCAUGACGGAAUUUUCUAAAAUUCCACCCAGCGAGAAAUUGGAGUUGCUCGACCCUUUGACCAGAUACGAGUACAAGAUUCAAACUAUUUUGUUGCUCGAGAAGAUCCUCGAUCUUCGUGAAUCGCCCAAAGUGAAAGGGAAGAGUCCGAGGAAAAAGGAGGAAACCGUUUCUUUCUCGUUCCGCGACAUUGAUCCCGAAUUAAUAGCUGAAGUUCUUCAACAGAGGUUCUUUAUUAUGAUUUUUAAGAGGGGGAAAUUGGAAGAAUUAUUAAACAUUCGAGAUGAAACGAUUCGCAGAUUGUCUUCGGAGGAUUUCAAGCGAGGUUUCGUCGUGCAAAGUUUGAAGAGCAAUUUCUUCCAAAAUAACAUAUUGGACGCUUUGCUCGCUGUAUUACGGAUCAUCGGUUACAUCGAAUACUUCCUGUUCGUCACGUUUCUUAACUCGAUGUCUUGCUACGACAACAAAGUCGAGCAACGUACGAAAGAAAUCGAGAAAGAAAUGCCCGAUCCGAAGCAAAGGAUACGAGAAAUCGACGAGAUGUCGGCAUCCGAGUACGAUCAACUUUCCAACGAGGAUAAGAAGAUGUAUAUAAAUACCAUUCUACCCCGUAAAAGGGAGGAAGCGGCUCGCAGGCGAACUCGAUUUAUGGAACGAAUGAUAGAACGUACAAAGAGGAAGGAAGUUUCGAAAAUAAAGAUAUCCAAACGGGUAUCGAAACGAAGCACGAAACCGUUGAAGACAAUAAGGGAAGAAGCAUCCCCUACAACCAAGUCCAAAGUGCCACGAAGCGCUAGAUCCAGAGACGUGGGUGCUUCCGACACGGGGAUCCGAGAGGUAACAGAUUCCAAUAUUUUGCAACAAUUAUCGUGCAAAAAUACAUCUAUAUAGGUGCCCCUCAAUAAUUUCCACAUAUGGUACGUGAAAUCCAACGAUCCUUGGGAGAGGACGAUGUACGACGUGGUCGUUUCUCAAAUGGGCGAAAAUACCUCGGCAAAGCUUGCCAUUCGUAAGUUGAGUCAACCAUUCGAACCCCGUUGCGACGCGUGAAAUUAACGUAUGUUGGAUCAACGUAGCUGUCGAGGUGGCACCCGAGCCGGAUCUUCGACCGAAAAUAUAUUCCAUUAUCAGAUGGACGUGUAUCGAGAAACGAG